AAAAAAAAAGUUUAGAUGGAAUAUCAUGGUCAGAAAAUUGAAGUUGAUUCAGGACGAGGACGAGAAGGAAGACAAGGAGAUUGUAAUGAAAAUAAUCAAGAAAUUAAGGAGGAAGAUGUUGUUAUGGAUCUUCGAAGGGGUCCAUGGACCGUUGAAGAAGACUUUACACUUAUCAAUUUUAUUGCUCAUCAUGGUGAAGGUCGUUGGAAUUCCCUUGCCCGUUGUGCUGGUUUGAAGAGAACAGGGAAAAGUUGUAGAUUAAGAUGGCUUAAUUAUCUUCGACCAGAUGUUCGACGUGGCAAUAUUACUCUUGAAGAACAACUCUUGAUUCUUGAAUUGCAUUCUCGUUGGGGCAAUCGUUGGUCUAAAAUCGCUCAACAUCUCCCCGGAAGAACAGACAAUGAGAUAAAAAAUUAUUGGCGAACUCGAGUACAAAAGCAUGCAAAACAACUCAAAUGUGACGUGAACAGCAAGCAAUUCAAAGAUACCAUGAAGUAUCUUUGGAUGCCAAGGUUAGCCGAAAGAAUACAAGCCGCCGCCGCGGCUACAUCCAACCCAACGGCGGCUUCUUCCUCCGGCCCCACCACCACCACCACAUAUAUCCAAAAUCAAGAAAUUCAACAUCCACUACCAAACAUGAAUCAUCAUGUGCCUGAAUACUUACCUAUCCAACUGAUGAAUAUUGAGAAAACAAACAAUCUUAAUUAUUCAGCAACUUCAGCGUCAUCGGAUAAUUACUCAUCCGACCUAACUGAUGGUUGCUACAAUUUCUCAAUUAACCAAAGCAAUAAUCAAGAUCAUUCUCAAGUUAAUCAAAGUACUAAUCAAUUUUGCUAUGGAGAAUCCACAAUUAAUCCCACAAGUUAUAAUUUUCACCCUGGAUUUCAAGGAUUCCAAGAAGUGGAUCAACAAAACAAUACACAAUGGAUGGAAAAUCCAUGGAAUAUUGAAGAUGUGUGCUUCUUACAACAAUUGAACAAUGAGAUGUGAUACAAAUAUAGUAUCCAAAAGUACCUCAA